GAGGAGGUGCGGGUUUGCCACGUCGGUCUCUGUGCAACGCACUUACACUGUUGCUCCCAAAGCCCAGUGCUAACUUUUAAAGCCGUUUUAUGUUUACAGCCGGAGAGAAAGCGACCCUCCAGCUUCGCCGGUGCCGCCGUAGCUCGUCGUCACACCAGUGCAGUCGGGCAUAUUGAAGCUGGAAGGCGGAGAAAUGCUCGGUUCUGUCUGGACGCCACACAACUGACUGAUGCAUCCUCGUUCACUUCACCCCCGCGUAUGUUGUCGAUGUUGUUGGCCUGGCUAUACAUGGUGGCUUAUUGAGGAAAAGGAGAGGAGUUGCAGCACCUGUUGGUUGGUGGGCGGCGUCACUGGUUGCCACGGUAACUGGCGACCAUGCCAGGAGGUCGCAGGGGUCCCAGCAGACAGCAACUAAGUCGCUCUGCUCUGCCAUCCCUGCAGACUCUCGUUGGAGGCAACCUUGGCAAUGGUACAGGCCUCAGGAACAGGAGCAGUAACUCGGUGGGUCUGUCUGCUCCCCCGCUCUCAGCCCUCAUUACUCCAGAGCCAGUCCGUCACUCGAAGAUCCCCGAGCUGCCGUUGGACAGCAGCCUGCUGUUUGAGUUCCUGCUCUUUCUUUAUUUGCUGGUGGCCUUGUUUGUCCAGUACAUAAACAUCUACAGGACAGUGUGGUGGUACCCAUACAGCCACCCUGCUGCCUCUACCUCGCUUAACUUUCAUCUAAUGGACUACCACCUGGCUAUCUUCAUCACAGUCAUGUUGGCCAGGAGGCUUGUUUGGACUAUAGUGUCAGAGGUGUCUCAGAGCAGCAGCGGUUCACUGCUCCGCUAUGUGGUUCUGAUCGCUGCUCGCCUCAGCCUGCUGACCAUGUGUGGCUGGGUGCUGUGCUGGACACUGGUCAACCUCUACAAGACCAACUCUGUGCUCAACCUGCUCUUUCUGGGAUACCCAUUUGGUGUGUACGUCCCGCUUUGCUGUUUCCAUCAGGAGGGAGGGAAAAGUCAAACGGCACCAGCGGACUGUGAUUACCCAGCCGACCACUCGCAGACUGAACUAACAGAGACCCCAUUCUUUCGACCACGUGACUUCCUCUUCCUGUUACGAGAGAACCUCAGAGAGCAGUUUUCCAGCACCACGCACAUGCCUAUUCACACCUGCCCACCACACACACAAUCGCACACACCGGAGUUAAUUCGAGCAGAGGUGGAGGAGCUGAAGAGCGACUUCAACCGGCGAAUCAAGGAAGUGCUAUUCAACUCGCUGUUCAGUGCUUACUACGUAGCCUUCCUGCCUCUCUGCUUUGUCAAGAGCACCCAGUACUAUGACAUGCGCUGGUCAUGUGAGCAUCUGAUCAUGGUGUGGAUCAAUGCGUUUGUGAUGCUGAUGAGUCAGCUGCUGCCCCCCAGCUACUGCGACCUGCUUCACCGCUCGGCGGCUCACCUGGGCCGCUGGCAGAAACUGGAGCAUGGCUCGUACAGCAAUGCGCCUCAGCAUGUGUGGUCAGAAAGUACCACUUGGCCUCAGGGGGUGUUGGUACGACACAGUCGAUGUCUGUAUAAGGCAGUCGGACCCUAUAAUACUGCUCUGCCCUCUGAUGUUUCCCAUGCAAGGUUUUAUUUCCUGUUCCACAAGCCAUUGCGGAUUCUGAACCUGCUGAUCUGGAUCGAGUCCAGUGUGGUUUUGUACCAGUUAUACUCUCUGCUGCGCUCUGAGCGCUGGAACCACACUUUGUCUCUGGGCCUUAUCCUCUGCUGCAACUACUAUGUCCUUUUUAAACUGCUCCGAGACCGCAUUGUGCUGGGCAAAGCCUACUCCUACCCUCUGUCCUCCAACAGUUUGGGGCUCAAGUCGCAGUAAAGGCUCUUCACAGUAAGACCUCACCUACGAACUUUGGACGUGGAGGGGAGAUGAUGGGUGGAGGUCUGGCAAAGUGGAAGACCGGAGGGUUGCUGAACUCUCAUGCUGUGAGGUUAAGGGACAGACUGUGAACUCAUAAUUGUGUUUUGAUACGGUUCUAUUUUUAAUGCAAUGUUUAUAUAUACCUAUUUAAAAAAAAAAAAAUUUAUUUUGUAUACUAUUUCGAGUUACGCCGGGCAUUACCACACUGACGACAUUAGCAUGUUGUGUUAUGUUGUUGCUAGGCGACAGGGAAGUCAGGGAAUGCCAGGAGGUGACUUUCACCAAAGAUAUUUUAAGUGUAGGUGGUCAAUCACAGUACGGACUUGUCUUCUUACAGUCAGUUCAACCACAUGAGCGAGUCAGAGCAGUGGAAAGAGAUGUACUUGAGAUCCUGAAUCCUGAUUGGGCUGCUUCAACUUUGAGGGCUUCUAAAGCUUAAAUCUAGGACCAGUGGAACUGAUGCAGCAGGACACAAACACUGUCACAACAUCUUCAGCAUGUUUUCCCUGGUGAUUUUAAAGCAAAGUUGACAUUUUGGGACAUACACUGCUUUGUUUUCUGGUGGAGAGUUAAAUGAGAAGACAACAGAUAGCUAGCUUACAGUUGGCACAGAGACUGGAAACGUGGAAGGAGCUAGCCUGGCUCUGCCCAAAAGAAAAAAUCUGCCUACCACCACCUCAAAAUAAUUAAAUAAUUAUAUCUGUUCAAAUUAAACAAAGGAGAAAUAACAUGUUAAUUAGUGAACUUUUGAGUUACUGAUAAGUAGGUUUUUGUAACCUUUCAACAGAGCUAACCUUGCUCUUUCCUCUUGCUUCCAGAUAGGCUAACCAGCUACCUGUGGUAGCUUUAUAUUUAAAAGGCAGAUAUGUGAGUGGUAUACAUUUUCCCUUUCUGACUUGCCGUCAGAAAACAAGUAAGUGUAUUUCCAAAAAUGUCAAACUUACUUUAAACUGAGCCUUAUCGUGGAUUAUUACCACAAAGUGGAAUAAAUCUUUCCUACAAACUGGGAAAAACACCUUAGGUACACUUAUCCACUGCCCCUGCAGAGAAUGCUGUAUUUGUCCUCAUUCACUUUGCUACUGUGUUUUACUAUCAGUGUCUGCUUGUUUGUCAUCAUUGACUAUCUGGAGGGCAGUUACAGAACCAGUCUUUACAAACUUAGAGAGCAGGGUGUCAAUAAGUGAGAAGGGAUUGAGGUACUGUAUGCAUCCUUAAACUCCAAGCACACUCAAAAAUGUGAAAAAACAAAACAGUUUGACCCUGUGUAUUUUUAGCUUGUUAUACAACCCUGCCGGGCCUGGCUAUGAUAUAGAGUAUGACACAUUUGUGCUCUUAAAGGUCACCCAGUCCCUGUUAAUUUUAUUAUUCAAUUAUGGAGCUUGACUGCUUAAACCAUAAUGGUAUUGAUGACACUUGUCCUUGUCUUUAUGGACUGGAUGUAGAUAACAGAACAAAUGUGGGUAAUAAUAGUUUUCUGUUGGUACCUCCAAGGACCUAAUCUCUUCUCCACUGCAAAUAUUUGUCAUUGUCAUCACGCUCUCAUAUGGAUUUGAUAACGGGAUGUUUAAUAGUGACAUUUCCAUGGGAAAAUCAAAGGGUGAAGACAGCUCAUUACCAGUUCGUGUAUUCUCAGUUACCAGAAUGGUGUUACAAACAGGUUGCUUCACAUGUUGUUGCCUUUCUGUUUAGUCUCACUUGUCAAACAUCAUCUUUCUCUCAAGUAGGUUUCUCUUAAUGGGCCUUCUCUCGUUCACCAGCUCUAAUCUGCUGUUUGUGCAUAACUUCGGGCAGUAUUAAGCAUUAGUGUCACCCUGAUAAACUGUCCAGUAUUCAGAUAGAAAUCAGUACAACUUGAAAAGCCUUUUUGUUGGGUUAAAAUCUGACAGCUUCAGUCAAGUUUCAGGUUGAGUGUAAAGUUUGAGGAGUUUUUUAUUAUAAACAAAAGCCGUACAUGUGCAUUAUUUUGCUUUGUCUGCAAAUUCGGCCCUGAAAUCAGCUCCUUGCCACUUAUGUUUUAUUUGCGGCCAUUUUCCACUUUUAACUAAAUGUUGCUGUCGAUUUGAAUUGACUUGAAUGUUUUUUUUAGUUGGUAGCACUAGCCUUCAAUGGAGCACCAUUAAAGAAAUGUCAGUUUUAUUAGGUGUUCUGCUAUGUCACCUUAACUUGCCCAUAUCUCAAUAACACAAAAAGAGGAAAUUUUAAGGUUUGCUUUAAAUCCUGUGUCCAUGUCAAUUCAUACUUGAAUGUUAAGUUUUUCCUCAAGUAACACACAUUCUGUCUGCUUUCUUUGGUUUGGUGAAACCCAUAAGAUCACAGCUGAAGAAGAGAUGAAUAAAUAAUAUUUAGAAAAUAUUUUGGGUUCUAAUCACUUCUUGAUCACAUUGCCCUGAAGUGCACUUGAUCUUCGUUUAGCCUACAUUAAAUUUAAGGGACAUGUUUUAAUUAAAAUUGAAGCUUACUUGUGUUUCCUUAAUUAUAAAAGUUGGCAAAUUAAGUUGCAAAUUUUGUUUUCUAUGUGCCAUAUCCCAGGAUGCAGUUUCAGGGUCAUGGUUGAACCUGUUAUUCAGUGUGUCGGUGCUGGAGAAGUCUUAGGAGCUGGUCCUCAUAUA